AUGCCGGAGGUCCAGACAAUCAUCUCAGAAGCCUCAGGAGCAAAGGCUGAUUUACACAUCAGGCAUGGAGACAAGAUCAACUUUGGCAAUCUUCGCUUGGAAGCCCGCGCCACUCCCGGGCACACUGAUGGCUGUAUGACCUUUCUGUUGCAGACCAAAACUGCAGGCUUUGCCUUCACCGGUGAUACCCUCUUGAUCCGUGGUUGUGGGAGGACGGACUUUCAGCAAGGCAAUGCUCGGCUUCUCUACAAAAAUGUCCAUGAGCAAAUCUUUACCUUGCCAGGUGACACUUUCGUUUGCCCAGGCCAUGACUACAAGAGCCGCAAUGUCUCCACAGUUGAGGAAGAGCGGCGAUUCAAUCCCCGCUUGACCAAACCUGUGGAUGAGUUUGUCCAUUUGAUGGACAAUCUCGGUCUGCCGUACCCUAAGAAGAUUGACGUUGCUGUUCCAGGCAACAUGGUUUGCGGAGUGCAGGAUGGCGCAUAG